GCUCUCUACCCUCUACGGCUCUACCAUCUACGUAGCGCAAGGCACAAGCUGCAGACGGCAGAUUUCAACCUGCACACACCCUAGAGGGCAGCUGCAGCUGUGGAGACCAGGGCAGCUGCAGGCUGCGACCCGCGGCAAGCGCGAUGCUCGUGUCCACCCCCACUUUCGGGCCAACCGACGUGGUUCCCUCGGCAAUUUCCUCCUCACUGUCACCGUCGCCGUUAGCAUCAGCACCAACCUUUGCCGCCACUCUUCCGCAGCCGGCUUGCGCGCACGCAGCGCAAGCUCGAGCUUUAGCUCAACUCUCUACGCGCCUGCUCACGACGACGCUGCACCAUGCAUUGUACGCCAAGGCGCAGCUGUCGUCGCCCGUUGCGCUGCUGCAGCGGGAGCGGGAGCGAGAACGAGAGCGAGGGAGUCAAAGGGGAUGGCAAGGAGACGACGGUGAGCAAGAGAACACCCAUGGAGCUCGUAAGAAGUGGUCUUCAGCUCCGACUGGGCCAGCCAGUAGAGCUGCGAGCAUCAGACGAGGGAACAGCAAGGCAAAAGGCAAGAAGGAUCAGCUGCUGGACACGCUCGAAGCGCUCUCUGAUGCACUGCACUCUGCGCUGUCCCUCGCCUCGGCGCCAGUGCCAGGCAGCGCACAGCCAAUGACGAGGGAGAUGGACCUGCUGCUGCUCUUUGGCCCAGUGCUCUCCAUCCCCAAGCACCUCUUCCUCAUCCGUCUACUCCUCCCCAUCACGGCCGCGGAGCAGGAGGCAGCGCCUGCGUCGCACGCGGACGACGGCACGGACACGGAAGGCGCCGCGACGGUGCGCAUGCAGGCCCAGCAGACGGAACGCCAGAUCGCCAUGCUCGAACGCAAGCUCGUGCGCUUCCUCAUGUUGCACGACCGUCCUGACGAGCCCGACUCUGGCUCCGACUCUGAUGGCGGCUCUGGCUGCUGCGACGACGAGGCGCCGCAAGUGGAGGCGAAACAGAAGGCAGCAAGCACAGAGCCGCUGCGCCUGGCGCACGCCGGCGCUUGCGUCUCCGCCGUCAAGCGCGCACAGGCACGCCCACGCCCCGCGCCACGAGCGAUGAAGUGCCAUGUGCUCCUGCGCGCGGACGCGGACAUCGCGCACGGCUUGGCGCGCCGACGCAGGGCUCGGUGGACGCUCCGGCGCGGCUUCACGACCAGAGGCCUGGCACAGCUGCUCGGCGAGGCAGAGCAGAGGCAGAACAAUGGGCAAGUCGAGCAUGACACACAGGCGCAGACACGAGCGCUCGUUUCGUCUUUAGCGGCAGCACCAUCGUCCGUGCCGCCGGCAUCGACGCGACCGCCGCGCGACCUCAGCGGGCGGGCGCAUUUCACCGCGCGUGUGCAACAAGAGCAACCGGGGUGUGCGUCUGCGCCGCCGUCAUUGUCCGGGGGGGCGCACGGCGACGUGGUUGCAUCGCAGCAGGCGCGCAACCGGCUGCAGCUGCCCGUGCGAGCGGCCACUGCGGGUGCGCGUGCAGCAAGUAGGGUUAAGGGCGCGAUGCGUGCGGGGCCCGUCGCAGGGCGCAUGGUGCUCGAUGUGCGCGGGGCUGCAGGGCUGCAGGAGCAGGAGCAGGAGCAGGAGCAGGAGAAUGGCAGGCGAACAGGCAGCGAGGGGGAAGGGGGUAGAGCAUCGCACCAAACGCCGCUGUGGUUUCUGUUUGAUACGCCGCUGCUGGGCGGUGUAGCCUAGCACAGCGCUUCGCCUCCCUUUCCUUUGCUUGAGAGUAGUAGCCAGCAGUGUGCAGGCGUAAGGGCAGCACAUAUGUCCGCGCGGUGCGCGUUACGGCGAGUGACUUGCCCUGCAGCGAGCAGGCAGGACGAGGAGCUGGGCGCUGAUCGAGCCUGACGAGCCCUCGAUGUACGAGUAUGUAUACAUACGGCUUGUGCUGUGGGACAUGGAUGUCUGUGAGAGUCGAGCGGCGAUCACUGGCGGGCCGCCGCCCACCGCCCACCACUUUGUUACCAACACGGCACACCCUCCCCUCGUCCCCUUGCAUCCCGCACCUUGCCGUCCACAUGGCACGGUGAGGGGAUGCAGUCCUUCGAAGCGUGAAUGUGUGUGUGUGUGUGUGUGUAUGAAUAUAUGUAUGUAUGUAUGUAUGUAUGUAUGUAUGUAAUUUUGACGCGUUCAGGGGAGGCCAGACUUGUCC